UGAAAAUCAAAGCCAUCAUCCAAACGUGGAAAUGUGCACUGCGAGCCUGAGCUGCAGCUGCUGAACAAACUGCUAAUCGCUUUCACUAACUACCUGGCUAACAAGUUACCUGGCUACGGAGACGAUGGACGGAACACCAUUGUCGCUGACAUUCACCAGCCUUGCGCUGUUGCUGCUGCUGCUGCUGAUGUGCGUGUUGCUGGGCUGCCAUUGCUUGGGUCCUCGCGCCGCCAGCUGGAUGCGAAUGCGCUCCAGCAAGGAAGAGAAGAUCGGGCUGUCCAAUCACAAGCACAAGCUCUUCCAUCCUAACGGGUAUAUGGCAAGUAUCCAGUCCGGCUCGGAGUUUUUGCUGAGCACCAGCGGCAGCUUCAAGCGCUUCGAUACCAUUGACAAGGACGAUCACAAUCGGUCGCAGCAGCAGCUGCAGCAGCUUCAACUACAGCAGCAGCAGCAACAACAAUUGCUGCUAAGCAAUGCAGUAGACUCGACGACGCCCUUGUGGAAUCUGCCGCAGGCGGAUGUCUGCAUUCCGCCACAGCCGUUGCGUCCGGCGCCCGCUCCAAAUAGUGCCGGACCCAGUAGCAAGACCGUUACCUUUUCAUUCAGCCAGCUAAAUGAAGCAUCGGAGGCACGCUCCAAUCCGCAGCGCUCACCUUUGCGCACAGCCGCUGCAGCACUGCCACAGCCGCUAGAGGCGCCUCCAGCCCCUAGACUAACGACGUCUGCUUCCGUGACGCUCUCUGCGACGGCUAUACCUCGACCCAUAGCCAAGCGACAGAUCUCACUGCAGCAGGGCAUUAAUCGCACCACGGAGGCAACGCAGGCUCCUACUCCCAUGGAACCCAAGGUAGAGCGUCGACCCCCUUCGUUAAAGCGUCGCAACUCCAGCACAAAUCCCUUCCUAUGCGAGUCCACAGAGCAACUUCCUCCGAGUCAGCCAGAUCUUCAGCCCCAGGCCGAGUCGCAGCCUUCGCCUGAGCUUCAGGCUCAGCCCAAAGUCGAGUCCACGCCGGCUCCCUGCCCCAACGGCAAUCCCUUUGUGCACGAGGGUCAGAGCCUUUCUAGCCGCCUCCUAAAACUGCACAACACCAACAAUCCAUUCACGAGUCUAACGCAGCGGGUGAAGGGACCACACAUGCUGCAGAAGACCAUCUCUGAGGAUUAUUUAUUCCGCAAGCUGCCCAAUGGCCACGGCCUCAACCUCAGCAAUGGCUUGAGCAAUGGAUUGGCCAAUGGACUGAGCAAUGGAAAUGGCAAUGGCAACUCCACCUGGUGCUUUGGCCGUUCGCUACUGCGACAGGAGUCGAGCAUUAGCCUGGGUCUGGGCAGGCGCAACAGCUCGCAAGUGUCGCUGGAUGGAUCGAUGGAUGGCAUGCAACUGGAGCAUGCCAUCUCCUGUGAUUCGGUCAAUUCGGAUGCAUCUUCCCUAUGUCUGGAUCAGCUCGAUCAGCCCUACACACAAAUCACGGGCUAUCUCUGCGUUGGCCUUCAAUACGAAAAGCACAGUGAGGAGCAGUUAGAGCUGACGGUCAGCGUGCUGGAGGCCAAAGGACUUAUCUGUCCGCUUAGCAUGGGACUGGACUCUCUGGACACAUUUGUGCGCAUCUAUCUGGUGCCCGAUCAUGCGGGUGGCAUGCAGACCAAGGUGGUGAAAUCGACGCUGACGCCCGCAUACAAUGAGAGCUUCAACUUUCGAUUGAAGCGACAGGCGGGCAGGCAUUCGCUCUGGUUCCAUUUGUAUCACAAUGGGCCCGCCCACACGCUGAUCGGGGAGGCGGAGAUGGAGAUUGGCGAGAUGGCGAAGCCGAUUACCACUUGGAUACCACUCUCUGAUUCACGUAAAUGCAAUGCUCGCUGGGGAGAGCUAAUGUUCUCGCUGAGCUAUUUGCCCACAGCGGAGCGCUUGACUAUAGUCGUGGUCAAGGCGCGGAAUCUAAGACUGGAGCUGGACAACGGAGCAGCGGAGCCGACAACUCUGCAGAACAUCUUUGUGAAGGUCUAUCUGAUGAACAACGACAAGAAGGUGCUGAAGAAGCGCACCUCGCUGAAGCGCAAGGAUCGCUGUCCCAUCUUCAACGAAUCAAUGAUCUUCAGUGUGCCGCCCCAGGGUUUGACCACAGUCCAGUUGCGUCUCACCGUCUUCGGUGUAACAGACGGUGGGGCUAUCGUGCCUCUGGGUCAUGUGAUUGCCGGCAGCUGUGCGGUGGGCAAGGGCUUGCGCCAUUGGCAUCAGAUGCUCUCAUCCCUGCGCAAGCCCGUGGCCAUGUGGCAUGUGUUACGUCGUGCCGCCAAUCAACCCAUCUUCAUUGGCGGCGCAGAGGCUGUGGUGGCAGCUAUGCAGAGCACGCUUCAAAAAGCGACCGCUAAGCGCAAUAGCAUCGUCUAAACGAGUAGGAUCAAGAAAAUUUUAGAGGAUGACGAGGGCGAGACAGCAGGCGAGGAGGUGACAAAAUUACCAGAGAAAUGGAAACAGAAGGCGGGAAAAGCUAGGAGAAGCGGCCAAAAGAAGCGGUAGAAAAGGAUAAAUCGAGAGUACAGAGAGCUAAACUGGACUAACUAAAGAUAACACUGGAGCGGAAGCCAAAGAAGAAAGCUAAUGUAAGACUUGGCGCAAAAGUAAAAGCUCUAAUUGAAGUGGGCGUCAGAAUUUGGAUCUGUGUAGCUUUGUUUGAGUCGAGUUCAAUUACAACACCCGCAGCCGAACCUAACUCUGCACCUUACCCUACCUCUUAUCUUUUCCCGUCCGAUCCGCACUGUAAUGUUUCCCCCUAUUCUACCUGCCGUCUAAAGAAUAUACCCUCUACAUUGCAUUUACUAAAUUUAGUGCUCGGCAUUUUUCUUACUUUUUUACAGAGGAUUUCCUAGAACAUAUUCGUCACAGGGCAAUUAGACUUUAGGCACUAUCCAUAUUAUAUAUAGAUCCAUAAUAUAUCAGAUACCACUAACUAAAACUAUAACAACCAAAAACAAAUACCUAAACUAAACCCGCACCAAAGGACAAAUCGAGCCUAAAUUAGCUAAAUUACACAUUCUAGUACAUAUAUAGCUACAUAUAUGUAUAUAUGCACACAAUAUAUACCUAAGGACUAUAGCCGUCUUUCUACACCAUAUAUGUAUUUAAAUUAGAUAAUUCAUGCACCCAUUGCUAUCAAGCAUUUAUACUAAAUAUCGAUAUCGAUUAUUAUCGUUCAGCAACGAAAAUACAAAAUCUAACAGAUGAAACAUGAACAAAAGAAGAAUUGAGUUUUCGGCAAGCCGAAUAUGCCAUACCUUUGUAAUGCGCGAAUUGAUCAACAGAUUGAUUGACAGAACAAUUGAUUGAUCGUUUACUGAUAGUUUAUGCGCAGAUUUUUCUGAAACUUGCAAUUAAGUGGCAUAUAUAUAUGAUU